CUGUGUGGGGAGAGAGACCACCUAAUUUUACCGCAAAUUUGUAGCUUUAUUUCCAUAUCAGAAUCCCCUGAUAUAUUUCAGGCGAAGCAAAUUAGCAGGGAGAAUCUUUUACAAUGUAUCAAUGAGGAUGACAUUGAAAUUCAUCGCUAUGAAAAGCUACUUGGAUAUAAAAAACGAAAAAGCAAGAAUAUGCCGCAAGUAUUCCGCGCUGAAGGCCUCGAUUAUGUGCUCGAAAUGUGUGAUCCAAAAAAGGCUGCGGAAAAGGCCUACGGGGAGGAGGAGAAGGAAAGCGAUCUUGAACCGGAUAACGAUGAGAGCGAUGAUACCGAAAGCCUUGAUAAACGGCACUUCGAUGCGAAGAUGAAUGGAAGCGAAGAUGGACAUAGUUGUGGCUCGAAACCGAGCACCUCAAAAAAAGUCACUUUUGCACCUGAAGUUGCGAAUGAUGUUGGUCGGGUUGAGGGCGAUGACGAGGAUGAUGUUGAGAAUCUGAAAGAAGAUAUUUACGGUCGAGUUGUUGACCAAAAAACGGGAGCAGUUUUGCCUUCAAAGCUGGGCGCAAAGGAGAAGCUUGAUGAAUUGGAACGACGAACUGGCGUACUCGAAACAGAAGAUCGGUUGAAACUAACAAAAUGCUUGAGAGGCCUUGUGAAUCGUCUCAAUGAGCAUACGCUUGUUGGAGCUGUAAAGAGCUUUUCGGAUAUAUUUGCCAGCAAUGGGCAUAAUGGUAGAGUUUUGCAUUUUACGGUUGUUUUUGAAUUUAAAGUGAAGCAAAUACUGUUCUGUGAAAUUUCAAAUAGCGUCGCAAUGGAUUAUCGGUUGCCAGACAGGCUUAUCAUCGAAUAUGCUGUUUUUAUUGCUCUCAUUCAUACCACGGUCUCGUCUGAAGUCUCAUCAUAUAUUAUUGAGAAUUUUAUUACGAAACUUUUGGGAACGAUUGCAAAUCCACCAGAAGGCAAAUCACUGGAAAAUUUAUGCAUUUUUCUUGCCGAACUUUAUAAUUUCAAGGUUAUCAAAGUGACCAUUGUUACAGAAGUUAUUCAGCGUCUCAGAGAAGAAGUUAGUGACAAAUGCAUGACCUGUCUCACGGUUAUUCUCAGCUUGCCAAAAUUGCGCGAAUACUUGAACUACCGAUUUUUGAUCUUCGUAUUGUUAAUUUUUUUUAACGCUUUGAUCUGCUCUUGUCUCGUUCCUGGUGCGCCUCUGCGUAGCAGCGCAGCAAUUGAUAUGACCGACCUAAAGUGUCUCACGGAGACGCAGUCGUUUUUGUCCGGACUUUCGGAGACAUCUUUGAAAGAGCAACAGCUACGAUAUGUUGUAGAAGAGAUUAACGAUAUUAAAAACGCAAAUAUUCGACAAUUCACUGAUAAAGUGGAUUCUACUUUAUACGAUCAUUACGUUAGCAUUUAUCGUGGAUUAACAAGAAAAAUGGACCGAGAGAAGGAGCUACCAAUGAGUGUUGACGAUAUCGUGCACAUCUCGGAAAGAGGACGCUGGUGGCUUGUUGGCUCGGCUUGGUUGCCAUCUGCAACUGGGAACUCUCAGGAUCAAUUAGUGACAGAUAAAGCAGCUGAAAAGGAUGCAUUUUUCAGCCCAUCUUUGUUGCAGCUUGCUAAAAACGCCAAAAUGAAUACGACUAUUCGACGUAACAUUUUCUGCACAAUCAUGUCGUCUACGGUGAUGGAAUUAUUGCAGUUGGAUUUUCAGGAUGAAGCGGAUGCAUUCGAGAAGCUAUUACGAUUGUCGCUGAAGGGUCAACAAGAACGGGAAAUUGUGCACAUUUGCGUACACUGUGCACUGCGAGAAGCCUCUUACAAUCCUUUCUAUGCAGCAGUCAUCGACCAUCUUUGCUGUUAUCAUAAACGUUUUAAAGUUAGUUGA